GGCAGCUUGCUCCAACUGUGCUCUGCACAUAGUCCAGUCUGAAAGCCAGUCUCUUCCAUUUGUUCCAGAUGAUGCCUUGGAUUUAACUGGCCCACAUGAGUGAUAUGAAUAAGACACUGGGCGACAUAAACACUUCUCAAAGCCUCGGACAGAGAGCAGAGAUUUUUCAGAGUGACAGGGGUAAUGUGCGUGGCUUUCCCAGCGCAGCCCUCAUCUCAUUGCAAGAUCCUUUAAUAACACCAAAUAAACAGAAGCUCGGCACUAAACUCUGCAAAGGGAACAGAAACACUAAGGAGAGGGAAGCGUCAUUCUCUUCCCCAUUUCCAAACCCCUUUCCUGAGCUUCUCCCCUCAGCCCUGCCACCCACUGUUUCUCACUGUUUAUUACCAUGGACCAAAAGCUGUGCAACUCAGGUAAUUAAAGUAUAUAGUGAAGAUAAUACCAGCAAAGCUGUAGAAGUUCCUUCUGAUGUAACUGCCCGGGAUGUGUGUCAGCUGUUCGUCUUGAAGAAUCACUGCAUUGAUGAUCAUUCCUGGACCCUUUUUGAAAAUCUCUCCCAUCUGGGAAUAGAGAGAACCAUUGAAGACCAUGAGUACAUUAUGGAGGUGUUUUCAGGCUGGGUGAUGGACACAGACAGCCGGCUGUGUUUUAGGAAGAAUUUUGCUAAAUAUGAAUUCUUUAGGAAACCGCUGGACUUUUUCCCAGAUCACAUGGUCUCCAUAUCCACUGAAACCAAUGGCAUUGUAGAUCACUGUGACCUUAUACAGACCUUUCUGAAUUCCAGCACUUGUCCUGAGAUCCAUGGAUACCUUCACGUCAAAGAGCAAAGCAGGAAGUCUUGGAAAAGGUUUUAUUUUGUUUUGCGGCGAUCGGGGCUUUAUUUCUCCAAUAAGGGGACUUCCAAGGAACCAAGACAUCUCCAGUUCUUUGCUGACUUCAGUGACAGUGAUGUCUACAACAUUUUGGCAGCCAAAAAACUACAUGGGGCACCUACAGAAUUUGGCUUCUGUGUCAAGUCCACAAAAUGCAGCUCUGCUCGGGACUUGAAGCUGCUUUGUGCGGAUGAUGAGCAGACCAGGACCUGCUGGAUUACAGCCAUGCGCUUGUUAAAGUUUGGGAUGCAACUUUACCAGAAUUUUAUUCAGCCACACCAGAAACAAAAAGCCUCACCAAUGAGGAGCAUCUCAGAGAACUCUCUGGUGGCCAUGGACUUUUCUGGCCAAAAGAGUCGGGUGAUCGAGAACCCGUCUGAGGUGCUCUCAGUAGCUGUUGAGGAGGGCUUGUCGUGGAGGAGGAAAAGCUGCCACCGCUUGAGUGGUCAUGGGAGCCCCUCCACAGCUCAGAGCUCCGUGCCAAACAUAGCUAUCCACACGGUUCAGCCGUGGUUUCAUGGCAAACUGUCUCGUGAAGAGUCUCAACGUCUAAUCACUCAACAGGGUCUUACUGAUGGCGUGUUUCUUCUGAGGGACAGCCAGAGCAUCCCUAAGACAUUUGUGCUCUCACUGUGCCACAUGCAAAAAAUCAAACAUUUCCAAAUAUUACCAGUGGAUGAUGAGGGGGAAUUGUUUUACAGUCUUGAUGAUGGUCAAACACGGUUCACUGACUUGAUCCAGUUGGUGGAGUUUUACCAGCUAAACCGUGGGGUGCUUCCAUGCAAGCUCAAGCAUCACUGUGCUCGGAUAACCCUGUGAACGAGGGACCCAAGAGACGGCUGUGGGCCCGGGUGCACCUUAACUCCUGGUUCUUCUGGAGAAACGCUCUGGUGUUUUUGUCCCUUAAAGAAAAAAAAAGACAGAGUGUUGUUUUCAUGACAUUGUACAUGACCCAGCCUUAUUUUUUCUUAUUCAGAAAAAGACAAGUUUCACAAUAGACUGUAUUAUAAAUAACUACUGGUGCUGAAGAUCAUUUUCAUUACAUUUUGGCCCUUUAAAGUUUCGGUGUAUGUGGUAAAUCAAUUGUGCAAAGUGAGUAAUAUCAUGACACCAGUGAAAGGAGCUGAGAUACAGCAGCAGGAAUUUGAGAGUUCACUGAAAACAAUCCAGGAGAAUGUGUACUGCAGUCUGUAUAGAGCAAAUAUACUGUAUAUAUGUGACAUCUAUGGUAUGCCAAGGCUAAUGAUGAUUGAAUCCCUACAGGGACUUGCUCGUGGAAAAAUGUAGUAUAGCUCUUCCCUGUUAAAUUUGAGAACAGCUAAGCUAUCCUCUUUGUUAGGUAUUCAGUGUUUUUUGUUUUUUGUUUUUUGUUUUUUUAAAGAGAGUUAUUCCGUUUUUUACAUUUUUAAAAAAAUUUUUAAUUAAGUGAUAAAAUUACCUCUCAGUAAGUAUCACUGUGCAUGUCCUGCAAAGGACUGGUAAAGAGAGGUAAUUCCCAGUUGAAGAGUUGGCAACCUCACUAACCAUGCACGGUGCAAUGUAUAUCAUGCAUACGGUUAGGAUUGAGUGGAUUGUUUGUUUGUUUGUUCAUGUAAUCAGUCACAAUAUUGCUCUGGGACAGGAGCAAUGAAAUGAAUUUUCAACAUUUUUUACAUGUAAUCAGAAAUGCUGUUUGACUCAUAUUUGAAUUCACUGUAUACAGAAAUUUAGGGUUUGUAUUCUGAUUGUUUUUUGGGUUUUUUUUUUGACAUCACAGCCACACUUGUGGAUAAACAACAGCAGAUACUAUUUUUGUUUAUGAUAUGAGUCUCUCUACUAUUUUCAGCUUCAUAAAAUCCUUUUUUUUUUUUUAAAUAUAAACAUUUUAAAAACAAGGUAUUUUUUUUCUGU